AUGUUUUGGGGUGCGUUAUUACUCCUUUUAUCGAGUAAUGUUGUCGCAGAGCGUCAUGACUCGGACUUGAUGUCCUUUGUGACGCCUAUCCAGCUCCCCGAGGUCCGGGCCUUGAAAUGGGAAAUCGAAUACCAUGAUCGUGAGCGCAUGGCCCCUGGGUACUGGUUCGUUGCGCCGUACGGACAAAUCUCCCCCGAAAGGCCCACCCAGAAAUACCAACAAUACCAAGUCGGACCCUAUAUCUACGAUGACAGUGGCAUUCUUAUCUGGGCGGGAUCGCCCUUGUACGAUAACGAGAACACCUUCGAUUUCAAGCCGGUGUACAACAUCGAUUCGAACCCCCACCUGUCGUUUAUUGUUGGAUGGGCCUCCGACGGAACGAAGAAGGGCCAUGGUGCGAUUGUGAAUCAACAUUAUGAAGUGGAGAAAGAAGUUCAGGUGAUUAAUGACCUUCAUGAUUUCAAUAUGCACGAAUUCAAUAUUUUGGAGGGUGGAAAGACGGCUUUAGCUUGCACUUAUCGCAAUGCGCUUAUUAACAUGGCUGAUUUCGGACGCCCCACGGAAGAAAGUUGGGUUACGGUUGGUGGGUUUGUCGAGCUCGAUAUCGCCACAAGCGAGGUUUUGGUUCAGUGGGACUCCUUCGACAAGAUCGCCCUUCAUGAGUCGAACAUGUUCCACGCGUGGGAUGAUCCGGCCGGAGGAGAGCCAGGUUGGGAUUAUGUGCACAUCAACGCAGUCGACAAGAACGAGGCAGGUGACUACCUGAUCUCCUUGCGAUUCACCAACACUCUGUAUUUGAUUUCAGGUCAGGAUGGAAGCAUCCUGUGGCGCCUGGGCGGAUUGGAAAGCGACUUCGACCAGGACUUUACCUUCUCCAAGCAGCAUGAUGCCAAGUUCGUCUCGUCAAACGGCACUCGUCACGUUAUCUCGGUGUUGAACAAUGCCUCCGACGAACGCGGCAACGACGAGAACACCUCCGCCGGCCUAAUCAUCGAGCUGGAUACCGCCGUCACCCCCAUGACCGCUCGAGUAAUCCGCCGCAUCAACCGCCCCGACAGCGGACUCACCAGGCUCCGUGGAAGUUUCCGCCCCCUCCCUAACGGCAACUACUUCGUCGGAUGGAGCGAGCGCGGCUAUUCUAGCGAACACGCGCCCAACGGCGAUCUUCUUGUGACUGCCCGGUUCGCAUCGGACCGGUACUCGACCUACCGCUCAUACAAAGGCGAGUUCACCGGCCGCCCCAGCGCGCCUCCAGACUUAGUCUCAAAUGUCUACGGCACUGACGACAAGGACACCACGACCCUCAUCCAUGUCAGCUGGAACGGUGCAACGGACGUCGUUCAAUGGAAGUUCUACGCACAGUCCUACGAUCGCGGCGAGCCCGUGCUGAUCGGGUCGACCAACAAGACAGAUUUCGAGACCAUGUUUAUUGCCGACGGCUACAUGGACUGGGUUUCUGCACAGGCCAUUGACGCCGACGGCAACGUCAUGCACACUUCCAACGUGAUGCGCACAGGCAUCCCAAGCAACUGGAAAGCGGCCGGCUGGGGAGGCGCCAACUCUGGUCCUAGCCCCGAUGACCCGUCCAUCAUCGCCGCCGCCAACGAAGUCACAGACUUGGCUUCUUCCGACACCGCCAGCGAUGACGAAACGGCCGAGGUGAUCAAUGACAGCACCUCCAGCGGAUCCACUGGGUCCAGCGGAGUCAGCGACCACUCGGCAGCGCAAUACGCCGACGCAAAGGAAGUUGCCAAAGCCGUGUACAAGGCGUACGACAUCAUCCGCGGAAUCGGCAGCCUCAUCAUCUUCAUGCUGGUAGUUUGCACGCUGGGCGGGGCCGGCUUCGCCAUCUGGCGAUUCAUCCGCGGUCGCCGCAAGCGCAGCUACCAGCACGUCCCCAGCGAGGAGGGACUUCCGACGGAGGAAAUCCGGCUCACGUCCACAGUGCGCGAGUAG